AGAAACCAGUCGGCAAAACACACACUGACAAUGAAGAUCAUCGCGAACGCGGGUCUUCUCCCUCUGCUGAUCGGGGCACUACUAUUGGCAUCUGGGUUGGUCGCCAAUGCUCAGAACUGCGGCAUCCAGGGCGGGGGCAACGAGUGCACCGACGCCAGCUGCUGCAGUCGUUCCGGCUGGUGCGGGAACAGCAAGCUGCACUGCGGCGAUGGCUGCCAGAGCAACUGCGGCGGCGGAGGCGGACACAAGAAGCCGCCUCCGCCGGACACGGGCUACUCUUUCGCUGCCGCAUUACGAGCUGCCAACCUCUCGCAGCAGCAGGCGGCAGGCGUGAUGGGGAGCGGCGGCAACGACGACGACUCCUACAACAAACCUCACUGCGGCAAGAAGGGCGGGUGCGACGCCGGGCUCUGCUGCAGCCAGUAUGGCUUCUGUGGGACAUCUGAUGAUUAUUGUGGCAAAAAUUGUCAGUCUGGCUGUCCAGGCGACGGCGGCGCUCCCUCGCCACCAUAUCCCGAUCGUUAAACUACUUUCUUGCUUAAUUAUAAAUUACAGGGAAAGCUUGAUGCAUUGCAUGGGAGAAAAUGAAAUUCGAAUCUACUACGCGGUAAUCGUUAUCUACGCGCUAAUCUAUCGAGAGAAUAUUUCGAGACGAAAAGGUGACUACAUCAGCUACUUAUCUUAUCUAGUUAUGUCUGCUUCUACUACUGUUCUACAAACUGUGCGCAUGUACAGAUCGAGUAGGCUUGCUUUGCUUGCUCGCUCUUAGUACUACAAAACAAAGCACUAAUGAAUAAAGUUGUAUUUC